GAAAGAGUGCGCACAUCUGAGCGAAUUGCUGAACCGAGAAUAAAAGAAAGAAAAGAAAAAAGUGAAUCGAGACGACCGGGCAAAAAAGUAUAUAAGAUAUCGAAGUAAGCCGUUAUUUUUUUCAUUUGAUACCUUGCGUUUAAGAAAAGAAAGGAAUAUGUCGAUUGUGCCGUUAAUUGCUGAGUUGGCUCAUGAUUUCAACAACGAAAUCGAGGGCCUAACUAAUAUCGAACAAUUGCUGUUGGAGGAUAAUUUUGGUCUGGGUGUUCAUCCAAUUGAUGUAUUCCGGCCACGCCGCCGCUCCUUAAUGCUUCAUCCCAGAAUCCGUUAUACACCCUAUACGCCAUUGUUAAGCAAAUUUCGACGUCGCCUUGACAAAGAUGAUGAGAACAAAUCGCAACUUGUUCCAACAGUAGGAAAGGACGGAUUCCAAGUGUGCAUGGAUGUAUCUCAAUUUAGACCGAAUGAACUUAGUGUAAAAACUAUCGACAAAACUGUUGUCGUCGAAGGCAAGCAUGAGGAACGCGAAGACGAUCAUGGCUUCAUUCAAAGGCAUUUUGUACGAAAAUAUCAAUUGCCCAAAGGUUACGAACCCAAGGAUGUCGUUUCCACUGUAUCGUCCGAUGGAAUACUUACAGUUAAGGCGCCACCACCACCUAACAAGGCUAAAGCCGCUAACGAACGCAUCAUAGAGAUUCAGCAGACUGGCCCAGCGCACUUGAGCGUAAAGCAACCGACGUCUACCAAAGACCCGGAGACCGUUAAUGGCGAACAAAGCAAAAUGGAUACGAAAUAAAAGAAUGACACCACUGCCCGGCUAUCAUAAAAAAUUUCAUAGUAAAAUAUAUUUAAGAUUUAUUUACCACAACCACAUACAUUAGUGACGUAAUCACAUAUUCUUUUAUUUUACAACAUUCAUUACAAUUCGAUUCCACAUCUAAGAGUUACGUUCCUUGUUUUAUAUAUUCAUUUGUUUUUUUUUUUUUUUUUUUAU